UCUCCGCCUGCCUUUCAGCUACGCUACUGGCUGCUUCGGCGCCGGGCCGGACCCGGAAGCGGCUCUUUCCGUCCGCUUGCAGUUUCUGAAGAAGAGGCGGCAGCGGCUGGGGCGGCUGUCCUGCGGCCGGCAGGAUGCUCAACGUCCCCUCUCAAGCUUUCCCUGCCCCAGGCUCCCAGCAGCGGGUGGCCGCGGGAGGGCGCAGCAAGGUACCUUUGAAACCAGGCCGAAGUCUUAUGGACUGGAUUCGAUUAACUAAAAGUGGGAAAGAUCUAACUGGUCUAAAAGGAAGAUUAAUAGAGGUGACUGAAGACGAACUUGCUAAGCAUAAUAAGAGGACUGACUGUUGGAUAUGCAUAAGAGGUCUUGUGUAUAAUAUCACACCGUAUAUGGAAUAUCACCCUGGUGGCGAAGAUGAGUUGAUGAAAGCAGCAGGAGCUGAUGGCACAGAGCUAUUUGAUCAGGUUCAUCGCUGGGUUAAUUAUGAAUCGAUGCUAAAAGAGUGUAUGGUUGGAAGAAUGGCACUCAAACCUUUUGCUGCUUUGAAAGAAUCUUGCCCCAUUGUAUCUGAAGAAAACAGAAUCUUAAAUGGUCUGUUUUCUAAAAAGAAAGUCCCGGAUAAUUAUUCCAAAGAAGCAGUUCCCAGUUAUGAUUGGUUCCAGACAGAUGGUUCCAUCACCGUGGUCAUAUACACUAAACAAAAGGAUAUGAACAGUGAGUUGGUGAUAGCUGAUCUUCAAGAACGUAAACUGAGAGGAGAGCUGAUUGUGAAAGACUACUCGUAUCUUUUACAUCUCGAACUGAGUUAUGCAGUUCAUGAGGAUAUGAUAGUACAGGUCUCUGAAAAAGUGGGAAAGGUGGAAUUUGUCCUGAAGAAGAAAGAAAUUCUGUCUUGGAAAAAACUUGGACAGCCAUUGGAAAGUCAUAACUCCUUUGUCAAACGCACAGAGAGAGGUCUGUAUUACAGAAAAUGCAGAUUGCUGUCAAAGACAAAUGUCAGUCAUGACACCCAACUCUUUUGUUUAGCAUUACCGCUGGGAACCCAUCUCCUGGUCCCUGUUGGGCACCAUGUUUACCUCAGACAAACUAUUACAGGCACAGAGAUAGUGAAGCCAUAUACACCAGUGCCAUCUUUCUUGGUGUCUACAUUCAAAAACCCCUGUCAUGAUGAUCAGUUGCAUAUAUUUUUCAUAAUCAAAAUUUACCCAAGUGGACUAUUCACACCAGUACUUGAUGCCCUACAAAUAGGGGAGUAUAUUUCUGUGAGUAAUCCUGAAGGUAACUUCAUGAAAUCGCAAAUGGAAGAUGUAGAGGAUCUGUUUUUAUUGGCAGGAGGCACAGGAUUCACCCCAAUGGUUAAGCUGCUCAGCUAUGCUCUGACCAGUAGCAACAGCCUCAGGGCAGUGAAAUUUAUGUUCUUCAAUAAGACGGAAGAUGACAUACUUUGGAGAAAUCAGCUGGAGCAACUAGCCCUGAAUGAUGCAAGAUUUGAGGUUCAGUUUGUCCUCUCGGAGCCAAAGAAAGGCUGGAAAGGCAAAGAAGGAAAAAUUUCUUCCACUCUUCUUUCCCAAUUUGUGAAAAGAAGUAAAUGUGAUUCUAAGGUGCUCAUAUGUAUCUGUGGUCCACCACCUUUCACGGAGCAAGGAAUACAGUUUCUGCAAGAUCUUGGGUACUCCUCUAAAGAAAUACACUGUUUUACAGCUUAAAUAUGCAGCAUUAAGACCCUAGGUUGUGCACUUCAAAAACAUUGGUUUUUUUAAAAAAAUCCAAGAAAAUAUUAUGCAUGAAUAUCUUGUUCUUUUUAAUGUGAUUACUUGAACUCUUAUCAUAUUUAGGUGAGAGUGGGUUCUUUUAUAUUCUGCUGUUUUGAAAUUGUAUUUAUUUUUGUUACUAUAUCAAACUUAACCAGAAUAUUUUAAGGGGUAAGUAAACUAGCACGUGUAUGUAUUGCACAGAUAUGAACUUUGUCCUCCAUCAAGUACGAUUUAGUAGCAUCCCUUUGCACUGGUUACUAUGUCUAUGUAGGCACUAGAGACCUUAUUUUAAAUUAUAACUUCACCACUUUCCAAAGUCUCGGCAAUAUAGUAUGAAGUUAUAUGUUAUACAGUUAACUCAGGAAAACAAUCUUACAGGUGUCAUAACGCUGUAGUAUUGUAAAUAACGAGUGUUCUUAUAAUUUAUACGCAAAAUAUUGGUUUUAUAUACUAAAUCACUUUUUGUAUCAUGUUAAUAAAAACAAGAUGGUUGCGUUUAAAUACA